CCGCUGCAGGCUCCGCGAGCACAGGUGUCAGAGAGUGCCUCGCGGACACCGGUCACUCUGCCUGUUUCUAGCCGGGAAUGAGGAGCUUUCCCCCCCGGUGGUCAUAGUAGGACAUCCAGGAUACACCGGAUAAAAGGAACCGUUGUUUCCCGCUUUAUUUGGGUUUUAUUUUCCGUUUGGAUGUUGGAGUCAUGCUGAGCGCCGUUAAGAUGGAGGAUCUUCCGGAGUGGAGCGGGAGCAGCUACUACGGAGAGGCCGAGUGUUACUCCGCAGCAGCGAACAUGAACUCAAUGAGCAGCUACAUGAACGCGCCUGGCAUGACCGGCAGCGGACACAUGAACGCGCAUUACAUGAACCCGGUGCACACGGCCCCGGUGCCUCCCGGUCUCUCGCACCCCCCCACCGGCUCCGGUACCGGGAUGAUUCCGGGCCUGAGCUCCGCGCUGCAGCCGGGCACGAGCACCGGCUGCGCGCCGCCGUACGGGAGCGCGCAGGGGCUCAGCAGCGAGCAUUAUCAGGAUGGAAGUGAGGACAGCAAAGUGUACCGGUUGUCGUACCGCAGCCCGGUGUACGGUCAGGUUCGGGAGCCCAAGCCGUACCGGAGGAGCUACACUCACGCUAAACCCCCGUACUCCUACAUCUCUCUGAUCACCAUGGCGCUGCAGCAGUCCUCCUGCAAGAUGCUCACCCUGAACGAGCUGUACACGUGGAUCACAGACCUGUUCCCCUUCUACCGGCAGAACCAGCAGCGGUGGCAGAACUCCAUCCGACACUCGCUCUCCUUCAACGACUGCUUCAUCAAGGUUCCCCGGCUGCCGGACCGACCUGGGAAAGGCUCUUUCUGGGCGCUGCACCCUGACUCCGGGAACAUGUUCGAGAACGGCUGUUACCUCCGGAGGCAGAAGAGAUUCAAGACGGGGAAACAACAAGCCACCGGUACCGGGAAACAACAGUCCAACAGUACCGGGGGGAAGGAGGAGAAGGAGGAGUCAAGUGGAGGGAAAUCGAACUCGGUUACUUCUGAUUCUCCUCCUUCCCUACCUCCUUCCUCCUCUUCUCCUCCAGUGACCCUCAAAUCUCACCAGGAUCUCGACCCGGUGCAACAGCGUGUUCCUUCCCCUCUCGUGCACACUCCUCACCUGUAUCCGAUGCUAGUGCACGAGGCGUCUCACCUGAAACCAGACCCCCACCCUCACCACCAUUACCCCCCACACCUGUACUCCUUCAACCACCCCUUCUCCAUCAAUAACCUCAUGAACGAGCCGCAGCUCCACAGACUGGAGUACGGAGGAUAUGGAGGUCAAACGGGGGUCAAACAGGGACCGGAUAACGGAGCUAUGCCUGAUAACGGGAACUACUACCGGGGAGUUUACAGACCCCUCAUGAACUCCUGAAGGACUCUUUAAAAAAAAAAAAAGAAUUCAAAUCGUGGAUUUCUACAUUUGUGAAUGUGGGUUGCUAAC